CGAAAGUCGCUCGAGUUGAAGAGACUGGCCGAAACUAUUGGACUGAGGCGAACUACGUCACGAGUUGUGCCAUCCUUGCUUGGUGCAUAGGCUGUCUGCGAUGAAUCAACGCGAGCUUUCGUCUCUUGUGUGUAUUUACCGUGAGGCGGAAUGGGUUCCAAGUUAAAGGAUCCGUAGCUCUUUGCAUGUUAGAUACUUUCUUGAAAACACUCUCUCAAAAUAUGAAAUUCUCUGUGUCGAGAUAAAUCAGAGUUGUUCGCUUGUAGUCGUGUUUGGAAUUUUCUUUAAAACUUUUAAAAUCUUACUGGAAGUUUUACCUAAAUAUUUUUAACUUCUGCAGGAUAUUUUGCAAAUCAAAUUACCGCUUUCUGAGAAUUAAAAUAAAACCCAAAUCAUGACGAGAAUGUUCGUUAAAACUAUAAUUCGAGAUGGGAAUCCUAAAACAGUUUAAUUAAGUGUCAAUGAUAAUUGUUUCGUGUGUUCAGAAUGUCAGAGGAAAUAUUGAAUAUUUCUUCAAUUGGAAAUGUGUCUUCAAAUUUCUCUCUGCCGGAGUAUAUUCUGACGAAACUUGGUCCGAAGCGGCUGGACCUGGCGACGAAUGUGCUACUGAGCAUCAUCUAUGGUCUCAUAUUCGUGUCUGGGACGUUUGGCAACGUCUGCACGUGCAUUGUUAUCGUGAAAAACAACUACAUGCAGACGACAACUAACUACUAUCUGUUCAGCCUUGCCGUGUCGGAUCUCAUGCUCAUUUUGUUUGGAUUACCGCCGGAACUAUACGCCAUUUGGGAAUCCUACCCCUGGAGAUUCGGUGAACCAUUUUGUAUCAUCCGCCAUUCUGUGAUGGAAAUGACGUCAUACGCUUCAGUAUUAACCAUUACUUCAUUCACAGUGGAACGCUACAUGGCCAUCUGCCGACCCCUUCACGCCCACAGGAUGGUCGGAUUAUCGAGAUGCGUCAAGAUCAUCAUCCUCAUCUGGUUCAUAGCUCUGCUGGCGGCUCUACCGUACGCCAUCCACACCAGAGUGUUCUACGAGCUGUACCACCCGGAGACGAACGAGCCGAUCGAGGAAUCGUUCAUCUGUAAUAUUCGAAAGGAGUGGCGUGUCGGGAUGACCUAUAUGUUCCAAGUGUCAACAUUCUUGUUUUUCGUGUCACCAGUGACAUUAAUCAUUGUGUUGUAUAUUCUAAUUGGAAUUGCCUUAAGAAAGUCUAGCCUUGCGCGGGAUUAUUCGGACGACAAACCCAACUAUAAGAAGUGUGGUCGCAGCAGAAGUCAUAGUAAUUCGAUGCCUCAGCCGAGGAGAGUGAUCAUCCGAAUGCUAGUGGCUGUGACGGCGGCGUUCAUCAUCUGCUGGGCGCCGUUCCACGCCCAGAGACUGAUGGUCCUGUACGUCUCCAACUGGACGCCCGAGCUCAUGAACAUACAGAGCACGCUCUUCUACAUCUCAGGUGUGCUCUACUUCGUCAGUGCCACUGUGAAUCCCAUCCUGUACAACGUGAUAUCGAAGAGGUACAGGGAAGCGUUCAAAGAGACUAUUUGUUUCUGCUGUUACCGCCACGGUACCCCAACAAACAGCAGCACGCUCAAGUGGCCGUCUGACAAGUCCUGCAGACAACCCACGAUGAUCAUAAACAGGGACAGUAACUCCCACAUCACAUUCCAGGACAGUCCGGUGAUAGCCGGACGCUCCAUGAACGGGACCGGUCGGGACACCAUUAAAAUGAGAUUAUUGAACGAUAAACCACAGAAAGACAAAUGCGUGCCUAAAAUGGAUAGUUUGGAAGAGGAUACGGUUUCCAAUAGUAAAGUGUGUAAGACGAAGGAAACGAAGAAUGGGUAUUUGCUCCAGGAAGACACCAUCGCAAUACGGCAGACCAAAGGUGAAAUACUUGAUGGCAUCUGCAUCGCGGGAGUACAGACGGGGUCUCGUGUCUAACAAAGAGUAUUAAACAAAGCGUUAGUGCCUCGGAACCAGUCUGCGGGUCAGACUAGGAUUACCUGACGGUGACUCCGGUUCUGUAAUGAAUACAGACCUUUAGGAGCAUACAACCGCAACUCUCUGUAUAGGUCACUCGAGAAAUACAAAAGACUUGUUGAAGAGGUUACAUUUAUGUUGAAAUUUAUCUGAUUAAAUCCCUGCAUUUGAAUUCUAAAAGGCUAUUUAUAUGCAUAAUGAAUUUGUGCAUAUGGAAGGGAUACGUGUCCUUUAUAUAGAGGUUGUUGCUAUAUAAUGUGCUUUGUAAAGCAGGUUCGACAGUACAUCUGAUGACUUUAGUAGGAGUUCAAUUUUUAAUCAUUAAUCCUAAUGAGUUCAUCAAAACACACAUUCGGCGUUUCGUAAUUUUGUCAAAAUGGUGAUGUAAAACGUAUGUAAAACAUAAUAAAUUACAAAUUGUAUACCUAAAUUUACAGACUAGGUUGUUCGCAGUAAUUAUAACGAACAAUAAAUAUGUGCAAAAAAACUGCAAUUAAUCUAUUAUGUAUACAUCGUACUGGCAUUUUAGAUUAAUGUUUCUGAAGUAUUGAACUGGAAACUGAUUAAAGAUGUUUGAUUAAAUAUAUAUGUACAAAUAAAACGCCAGAUAUA